AUGUAUGUGAAUGAUAAGUGCGUGUUGAAGUUCCUGGAACUAAAAUCGAAGCGAAACUACCGGUUCAUCGUGUAUAAGAUCGACGAGCAGACACAGCAGGUGGUUGUCGACAAGCUCGGAGGUCCCCGGGAAACCUACAAAGAUUUCACCAACUCUUUUUCUCUGAACGAAUGUCGCGACGCCGUCUUCGACUAUGACUUCAUCACCCAGGAGAACUGCCUGAAGAGCAAGAUUUUCUUCGUUGCAUGGUCACCUGAUGGGGCACGGGUGAGGAGAAAGAUGCUUUACGCAAGCUCCAAGGACAAAUUCAAGAGACAAUUGGACGGGAUUCAGGCCGACUUGCAGGUAGGAAUUCCCCUGUUUCUGAAUGCUGCUUUCAAAAUCCGUCUAGUAUUUGAAUACAAUACUUCGUCUAAUAGCUGA